AAUCGUGAACCCCUCCACCCUCGUUUGACCUUGCGCGUAGCACCUCCUCCAUGAUGGUGCCCCCCACCUCCAUUCGACAACCCCGGACAGCACCCCAAGAUAGUAGCCCAGUCGUCGUUCGACCCCAGGACAGCAACCCCGCCAUUGCUCGACAUCCACAACAGUUUGUGUGACUGGAGUCAACCUCUCUUCUCCGGCGACUGGAUUCUUCCUUCUCAGGCGACAACACCUUAGGUGCGCUACGGAUUCUCCAGAUUCAGAAUGCCGAAUUGGGCCUUGAUGAACUGUUGCCAGCACGAUCAAGUUGUCUUCUUGACCACUAUUGGAGUCUUCACCGUCGUUAUCCUCUUGCUCUGGAGAACAGUACUACUCACACCCUUUAAGCUCAUCAUAGUGUUCUUGCAUGAAGCAAGUCAUGCUAUUGCUUGCAAACUCACAUGUGGUCAUGUGGAGGGAAUCCAAGUCCAUGAAAAUGAGGGUCGCGUCACACAAACGCGUGGUGGUGUAUACUGGUUGAUAUUACCUGCAGGAUUGGACACUCCGUGGACUUUGUAUCGAAAGUCGCAGAAAGAGGAGGAUAUGGAGGAGAGAGGUAUUAGCAGCUGGAGUUUCAGAAGAAAGCUAGGCAAUGUUACAAGGCUCUCCAUGAUGCUUCUUGGAAGGACUUCACGCCAUAGCUAUACUGAAUUGGAAGCUGAUUUACAAGCUAAGUGGGGCACAACAGAGCAGAUAGAUCGACCUAUACUCUGGAAGGAGGCCAGAAAAGAUUCUUCUGGCAACUAUGUCACCGAGCGUGACAAGGUCAUGGGAGAGGCCAUCGAAGACAUGCUUGAGUAAAUAAAAGAGGGAAAACUGAUUGAGAUCGGAACAAAUGACAUCCUAACACAAGUGUUAGGUACUGCUGAGCACCUCGGUCGAGUUCGAGGCCAGAGUCGAGGUGUCACACAAAGAGACUACUUUCAUAAGCCUGUGGGGGGGGGGGGGGGUGUAAGGCUUGCUAGAGUUGCCUUUUGAAAUGAUAACUAGAGUUUCUUGAGCGGAUGGGUCAUAGAUAGAGUAAGGGUCUAAGAGGCUUGCUAGAGUUACCUUUUCAAAUUAUAGCUAGAGUUUCUUGAGUGGAUGAGUUAUAGCUAGAGUAACUUUUGAAAUCAGAAUUAAAAAAAUAUACUAACUGUAGUAUUUAGUUAGUACUUACAUAGUUAUCCCAAGUGAGUUCUAUAUUCCAAGUGAGUUAGCACUUACAUAUUUUGAUCUUGUAAUUUUUAGAUUUGGAACAUACUGAGUUCUAUUUAUUUUGUCUGCCCGUUGAUUCUAUCUGAACUAUAUUGUAAUUACACAGGAAAUUAUGAAUGAAUAUAGUUAUUGAAAAUAGAUAAAUGAAAAAAAUUCUCAUAUUCUACAUGGGACGUCGGUCUCCACAAUAUUGUCGUCUUAUGUAUUGCAGGGAACGAUGCUUGCACAUAAAUUGUCAUCUCAUGUACUGUAGGAGGAUGAUGCUUGAGUAGGAACUGUCGUCUCAUUUACUGCAGUGGAUGUCACUUGCACAAAAACUGUCGUCUCAUGUACCACAAGAGACAACGUUUGUAUAGGAACCAUCGUCUCAUGUACGAAAAGAGAUGACACUUUUAUUUAAACCGUCGUUUCAUGCUUUACAUGGCAUGACAUUGCAUGGGAUGACGUUAUUAGAACCAACGUACG